AUGUCGACCGAAAUUUCUCGGGCUGAAAAUGCCCAAGAAAACGUGACCGAUAUCGAGGCUGAUGGGUCCGUGAAAGGAGAAUUUGAAGAAGAAGAAACAAAAGUCUUAGUUGACAAGGCCGAAAAGACUGAGCUCACACCGGUAGAAGCGUUCAAGUGGAACGUCGAUGGUGAUCAAUCGCCGUUCGCUGAGGUGGCUGCUUGUGUGUCUAACACGGACGACCCGAACAUCGCCUGCAACACCGUUCGUGCCUGGAUCCUGACCACGAUCUUUGUUGUUCUGUUCUCCGGUGUCAAUCAAUUCUUUGGCCUACGAUAUCCAACCCUCACUUUAGGCUAUGUUGUUGCCCAGCUGCUCGUCUUUCCCAUUGGCCGAGCAUGGGAGAAACUUCCUCGCUGGCGAGUCCCAUUAGGAAAAUUGUCCUUCGAUGUCAAUCCUGGCAAAUUUACUAUCAAAGAGCAUGCACUCAUUGUCAUCUGCGUCAACAUCAGCUCUGGCGCUGCGUACGCCUUAGGAUCAUUGAUGGCGAUCAUCAGUCCUGUCUAUUGGAACCAUGACUAUGGUGCUGGGUUCUGUUUCCUCUAUCUCCUGACAACCCAGAUGCUCGGCUUUGGUCUAGCAGGCCUCGCUCGUCGUUUCCUUGUCUACCCUGCCGCACUCAUCUGGCCCUCCUCGCUCGCUUCAACAGUCCUGUUUCGCUCGCUGCAUGAGCGUCAAGACAAUUCUAAGGUUAACGGUUGGAGCAUGAGCCGAUAUCGAUUUUUUGGUUACUUCACUAUGCUUGCAUUUGUCAUUUUCUGGUUCCCCGAUUACAUCUGGACGAGUCUCAGCACCUUUGCAUUUAUUACAUGGAUUGUGCCGCAUAAUCAAAAAGUCAACACGAUAUUCGGGAUGAACUCUGGUUUGGGACUUCUGCCCAUCAGUUUUGAUUGGACACAGAUCACUCAGGCGGGCCAACCUCUCACGACCCCUUUUUAUAUUACCUGCAAUGCAUUUGCCGUCGUUUUGUUCUUCUACCUGUUUCUCUCGCCAAUACUGUACUAUUCAAACGUUUGGAACAGUGCCUAUCUUCCACUCUUGUCUGCUGGAACAUAUGACAAUAGGGGUCAUACAUACAACAUUACACGUGUAGUUGACUCGAACCUCAACUUUGUUCUCAGCAAAUAUCAGGAAUACUCCCCGAUGUAUAUUUCCAUGUCGUACUCGCUUACCUACGGGCUCUCCUUUGCUGCAGUCACAGCUGUAGUAGUCCAUACAUACCUUUACAAUGGUUCCGAGAUAUGGGCCAAGUUCAAGAACUCACGCCAUGGUGGAGAGGACAUCCACAAGCGAUUGAUGAAUGCAUACAAGGAAGUACCUGACUGGUGGUACCUUGCUCUGACCCUGGUGGUUGUUGGUCUGGGAUUAUUCACGGUGAAAUACUGGGACUCUGGCCUUCCAGUCUGGGGAUUCUUGGUAGUUUGCUUAGGCAUGGGUGUCUUGUUGAUUAUCCCGGAGGGAAUCCUAGAAGGAACGACCAACCAGAGAAUCUUCCUCAAUAUUAUAACCGAACUCAUUGCCGGGUACGCAUGGCCUGGCAAGCCGAUCGCAAAUAUGAUGGUCAAGUUCUACGGCUACAAUUCUGUUAAGCAUGGAAUGGAUUUUGCUCAGGACCUCAAGCUGGGACAGUAUAUGAAAAUCCCGCCUCGCGUUCUAUUUGUUGGCCAAGUCUAUUCGACUAUUCUUGCGACUGCGACUCAAACUGGAGUGCUCCGAUGGAUGAUGAGUAAUAUCAAAGACCUGUGCAAGCCGACAAACAAACAGCGCUUUACAUGCAACGGUUCCAAGGUCAUCUACAAUGCCUCUCUCAUUUGGGGAACGGUCGGCCCUCAAAGGCUGUUCCAAUCUGGACAGGUCUACAGCGGGUUAAUGUACUUCUUUAUCAUCGGACCCGUGGUUACCGUCUUAGUUUGGCUCGUUUAUCGGCGAUACCCUCACAGUUGGGUCCGAUAUAUCAAUGUUCCAGUCUUUUUCAAUGCAGCGGGUAACAUUCCUCCGUGCAACACGACUCAAUACUCGCUUUGGUUUAUUUUCGGAUUCAUCUUCAAUUACCUCGUCCGUCAGCGUGCCUUUGGAUGGUGGAAACGGUACAACUAUCUCCUGCAAGCUGCAAUGGAUACUGGCACCGCAUUUGCAACCAUUAUCAUCUUCUUUGCGCUCAGUUACCACGGUAUUAAAUUCGUUUGGUGGGGCAACACAGUUGGGUCGAACACCGAUGAUAACAACUCGGUUCCCUGGUUGAAAGUGGCACCAGGCGAAUACUUUGGCAAACGGAUUGGGGAGUUUUGAUCUACAAAAUUUGCACGGCGCGUUGAGGCACCAAUCCAUUUCAUUUUUCAAAAUUUUCUUAUUACUUUGAAGCACUAUAGCGAGAAUGUUGAUGUUUGUUUCUUUUUGUCAAGGUGC